AUACAGGUUCAUCGAUGUAGUCCCAGAUGGAGAAGUCAGUUUACUAACAAAUCGGCUGAAUCUAUCUGGUUUCCUCCACUCUCGUCAGCAGCUACUGACUCUACCAAAGACUGGAACAAUAGCAGGAAGGCUGCCAGUGGGAAACAGGCUGAUCUCUAACAAGGACAAGCAGUAGAUUGUGUGACUGUGAUGGCACUAGAAUAAAAACAACCUGCAUUUCAGCCUCAGAUGUACACAUGAUGGAGCAACUGAUCAAGGUCUUCACACCAAAAUGUAUUUUGCAACAUAUUUUGGCAGGAUACAAGGCCCUCUUCAUUACAGUCAAGGAUGGAUGUUUUACUGUGGAUGUUUUGUUCUAUCAUUAGCCAAAUUCUUGCGACCCAUGGUAUAGAGAAUUCAAGGACAGUUUUGAUGACAUAUGAUAACAGCAGAUCUGUUCUGCACAGACACAAAAGAGAUUGGAGAUGGAAUACCUUUUAUAUGGAUGAAGAAAAAAAACCAACUCUACCACAUUUAAUUGGAAAGCUGUCGUCCACGAAGGUCAAUGGAAGUGCAAGGUUUGUUAUAGAGGGAGAAGGAGCUAAUACCAUUUUUAAAGUGGAUGAUGUUGGUGAUAUUUAUGCCUGGAAGACACUGGAUCGUGAAGAAAAGUCCAUCUAUCACCUCCGAGCUCAAAUCUUUGACAAAAUAACCAACAAACAGUUGGAACCAACAUCAGAGUUUGAGAUCAAGCUCAAUGACGUCAACGACAAUGCUCCUAGAUUCACACACAGUAUAUAUAAUGGCUCUGUUAAAGAGAUGUCUAAACCAGGAACCACCGUGUUACAAGUAAUAGCUGUCGAUCCAGAUGACUCCUCGGUGUCAGGACAUGCCAGGGUCACAUACAGUAUCAUUAAAGGCGGAGAAAACUUCCAUAUUGAUUUAGACACAGGAAUAAUUACAUCAUCCAAUAUAUUGGACAGAGAACAACAGAAAACCUAUGAAUUGGUUGUGAAAGCUAAGGAUAUGCCAGGUUAUGAAGGAGGCUUUUCAAGCACUGCAUCUGUAAUAAUUACCCUGGAAGACAUAAAUGACAAUGCGGCUACAUUUACAAAGAAACACUACACAAUUUCUGUGCUAGAAGAUAAACCUAUUAGAUCUGAGGCUGGGAUGCUCCAAAUUGAAGAUAAAGAUGAGCCACAGAACACAAAUCCAAUGUUCAGUUUUGUGAAACGAGAUUUUAGGGAUCUCUUUGAUGUUGUUUCAGACAACAUCACAAAAAAUGCGAUCAUUGUUUUAAAACAGCCCCUUGACUAUGAGAAAGUUAAGAUGUACACUAUGGAAGUUGAAGUGACUGAAAUCACUACAGUCCCCCCUGGUAAAAGGGAGGUACAGGGUAACACCAGGGCGAUGGUGUUUCUCAAUGUUUUAGAUGUUGACGAGCCUCCUGUUUUCCAGCGUCCUUCUUACUUCUUCAGUAUUUUUGAGAACGCCUCCCUUGGCACUCAUGUUGGCACUGUUUCUGCGGAGGAUCCAGAUGAAGCCCAGAAAAUUGUAAGAUACUCCAUCAAUGGGGGAAAUGUAGUCACAAUUAACAAAGACUCUGGAUCUAUUAAAACAAGUAAUAACCUGGACCGGGAGAUGAAUGCCUGGCACAACAUCACUAUCACUGCAGUAGAAGAUGGUCCUGGAGGUAAAGAAUCCACAGUUUCUAUGUUCUUGAAGGUUCUUGAUAUAAAUGACAAUUCUCCAAUAUUGGAUUAUGAAAAUGACCUCUUUGUAUGUGCAAAUGCCAGACCUGGAAAGGUAAUAAAGACAAUUGCCGCCAGUGACAAAGACGAAAUGACUACUGGACAAAAAAUAAGCUUCUAUUUAGAUCAUGCCCACAGCAACUUCUCACUUGUGGACAAUCAUGACAAUACAGCAAACAUAACUUUAAAACAAGGGGGCUUCAACCCAGAUGAAAAGAAAACAUAUUUCCUUCCUGUCGUUAUCUCUGACAAUGGUAGGCCUCAGCUCAUAAGCACCUACACCCUGAAUAUCGUGGUCUGUGGAUGUGACGCGAAUGAGAUCUAUUCCUGUACGGGAGACUAUGCAAAGACCGGAGUUAGCGGCCACGCCCUUGCAGUCAUUCUACUCUGCAUCGUCGUCUUAGUCAUUACAUUGCUAAUUGCCAUGAGAAGAAAUAUCAAGAAAGACUCACUUGCCACUUUGGGAAAGAGCUCCGGAGAAAUCCACGAGCAGCUUGUGUCGUAUGAUGAAGAAGGGGGCGGAGAAAUGGACACUAACGGUUACGAUGUCUCUGUGCUCAACUCAGCACGGCACAACAGCAUGAGGCCUAGACCAGAGGCACAGCCUGGGCCUUGCCUUUACGCAACGGUCCAGAAGCCUGCAGCAAAGGGGGAAAUGGCCGUCAUGAUUGAAGUGAAGAAGGACGAAGCUGACCACGACCGAGAUGGGAUCCCCUACGACACGCUGCACAUCUACGGAUAUGAAGGCUCAGAGUCUCUGGCCGGGAGUCUGAGCUCCCUAGAAUCUGCUUCAUCCGACUCAGACCUGGACUACGACUUCUUAAAUGACUGGGGGCCUCGCUUUAACACAUUAGCCGAACUCUAUGGUGUAGAAGGCGUUGAGAACGGCUAUGAAUAUUAAUUCUUCAACAAUUAUUAUUAUUUUAAUUUCCUUUUAUUUUUGAGGAGGGGUUAUUUUACCAAAGUAGGUAAAUAACAAGGGUGCUUAAACAGAUCACAUUAAGUUACCGAGCAAUGCUUUUUUUUUUUAUAUUCAAUGGAAUGGCAAGAAGAAAAAUAUUGUUGGUUGCAAACUGACAGUAAACAUUGGUGGCAUUCAGCUGUUGGCAUGUCAGGAAAAACUGACAAUACAGUGCAGAUUUUGGACAGGAAGCAAUUCAAAUAGCUUUUGCAUGCCUUUGAUGGCAAUUACAAUGUAUUUGACAGCUUAUUGACAUAGAUACUGUGGGAGGCUAUAACAGAUAUACUGCCUACAAGGACAAGCAUAAAAAAAAACAUUGCAAGCAAUUCCGGAAAUAUUGGACAGCUUCACAUGGUCUAUACAAGGCCAUAGUUGACAGAAAUACAGCCUUUACAAAUUUAACCUUUAAACCUACAUGGCAAAAUGCUAUAGACAAUUUCUGCAUACACCAUCAUAAUAUAAACUUGAAAUAAUCAUGUUUUGGUUUUCAAAUUAUAACAAAAAGAAAAUAUUUACUUUGUAUAUGUUAAUCAUGUCUGUCCAUAUCUACCUACAUCCAUUAAACAUUAAUUUUCUACCAUACACAGAGUUUUACGUAAAGUUUUCUGUCCAGAAUUACAUGUGUGCAAAUGUAUAGCGAUGCUGGAUUCACUUAAUGGAAGUUUAUUGUUUGUUUGCCUGUUUAACACCUUUGAAUCUACUGCCUAAACUAUGCAAAAGAAAAAUAAAGCACUGGAAUGAACUUCCUGCACUUCUGUUUCACCGGAAACACGAUUCCUGUGCUGUCAUUGUAAAGUUUUUAUAGCACAUCGUUAGGCUCUUCCUGUUUCCAAGGAAAGAAAUAAUAAAUAACGGGAAUAAUAAAUAAUGUGCUUUUGAUCAUACUGCCUGUACCUAAAGGCCAGGAUCUAUUCCAACAGCAGCCUAGUCUAAUUAAAUAACAGGUUGUUCCACAUACAUUUUCAGUUGUUUUUCAAAUUCAAAUGUAAUUCGACCCACCUGCUCAUCCACUUCAUAGCAGCAGGUUGUUCUCAAAUUACACUCGAAGUCUGUCUCAACUUAAUUUCCAGCUGUGUCCUGUGGCCCUGGUUUCUGUGCUGUGCUUCAAAUGUUUUGUAGCAUAAAGUUUUAAAAACUUAAAUCAAGUCUCCCUGAUUAUUCUGUAUGGUAAAUAAAUAAUUCUAAAUGUAUUUCUUCACCUAUCUUCAUUGCCCCUGGAUCAGUCUGUCUACACUGACCUCUCUAAGGCUAUCAAACAUUCACAAAAAAUUAAGAAAAAAAAAAUGCAAAUAUAAUUGUGCGCUGCAAACUUGAUUUAAUUACUAAAAUGGGCUUCAAUGAAAAAGUCCUUCAAGUCUCAUGGUUUUAUUUGGGCUUUUAAUGAGAACAUAUAACUGUGUUACUGUAAACAGCAAGUGUGAAACUAUUUAACCACAUUAUUUAAUGUGUUUUAUAUUAUAUAUGGGUUUAUGGUUGAUCAUUUUAUAAUACUUUUUUAAGUUCGGUUUUAUAAUGUUUUGUUUAAUAAGCCAUUGUAUAUGUAAACAAUUUAUAUUAUUUUCUACUAACAUUAAAACGUGUAAGCACCUAUUAAUUGAACUACUGCUGUGACAUGUCUACUGCCAAUGUCAGGUCAUGUACCUGUAACUGUUUUUUUUUUUUUUUUUUUUUUAUUAAAUCUGAGUCCCAUCACUGUACAUAGAAAAAGUGUAUUUGGCUCAAUAUCCCUAAUGCUGGUACUAGACAUUUGUUCCACCAGAUGUCGCUAUUUGACAGAAAUGGUCAACUACAUUCCAAGGGUGUGUGCCUUAUAUGACGGAAGCUCCAAUUUGUGGUGAUUUUUUUAAAAUGAAAGUGAGUGUAAAAUUAUUAACCUGGAUUACCAAUGUACUGUUUUGUUUUUUUGUUUUCUUUAAUAUGUAUAUGUAUCUAUUUUAUCAAUAAACAGAGAGUCAAUCACAA